CAGGAGGGUAUAAGAAGGAGAGAAGAACUAACCCACAAAGGAGAACUCAGCAGCAGUUCGCGUUGGAUGUCUCAUGUGCUCCAAGGGGGAAGGGCCACUUUGAAGCUCAGACGUGUUUGACAGCUGCAGAAACAUAGGGAGCUCAAGCAUCCCUUUGGAAACCUCAGCCAAGGAGUACAGCACCAAGAGACAAGGACUUGCAGUCCCACAAUGGUAUCUGCUCAGCUGUUCCUUCUGUUCUUUUCUCUGACUCUCACCACUGUCUGUGGCAACUUGGGACAGCUAUUUCCAGAAGGAGAUGGGAAUGAGGAAAAGAGUCAUCUGGGUGACAUCUUCCAAAGGGCAGAGAGCAUCAUCUUGAGAUCUGUUUUCAGGAAACUGGAAGAAGGUGAAGAGGAUCCCAACAAAGAUUUAAAUACUCCCCAGCUGGACUCGAUCUCCAAAAGGCAGCAUCCUGGGAAGAGAGAUCUGUACACUCUGGAAAAGAGACAGCAUCCUGGGAAGAGAGAAGAAGAUGGCAAUUUUGAUCUCUACUCAGAACUGCAGAAGAGGCAGCAUCCAGGCAGAAGGUCCCUGUGGGAACAAUACCUCAACACUCCAAACAGCCAACUAGCUUAUUUGAAUGAAUUAUCUAAAAGGCAGCAUCCAGGCAAGCGAUAUCUGGCAUAUAGCAAGCGACAGCACCCUGGCAAGCGAAGUUGGGAUGAGGAGCUAGAGGAAGAUGAGCAGAAUCCAGAGAAGCGGCAGCAUCCAGGCAAGAGGUACCUGAGUUCAGAGAGUCCAGACUACAUUGCCCCCUGUGACCUGCAGGAUUCCUUGAAAUGCAGCAAAGGCAACUUGCUGCUAGAGUUGCUAGAUAAUGUUAGCAAGGGAGAAGAGAAGCGGCAACACCCUGGAAGGAGGUCUUUGUUGGAUGGGGAAGUGGAGGCAGAGGAGUGAGAUACAGCCUCUCUGUGUGUGUUUGUUCAUUGUUUUCAUUCCUUUGAAUGACCCCCUACUCACCAGACUAUUCAAAAUUCCACUCAUAUACCCCUUUUUCAACUCUGCUUGCUGGCCUACAUGUUCCAUCCUGUCAGGCUAUGGCCUGGUGUGAGCACUGCAUGGAAGUGUGGAUUUCAUUUUAAGGACACCUUGAGAGAUACAUUAUGAAGCUUGUCCAUCUACUCAAAAUGACGUUUUAUUAAAAAAGAAUUAUUCUGAUUUUUUUUCUACAAGCACUUGUAGGCCAAAGAUACAUACAGGAAGAUAGGCAUUAUUAUAGUAUUGGUAUGGGAUGUGGGUCGAUGCUCACCACUGGCAACCCAGUUCCAAAGAGAUCAGCCCAUGGCAUACUUUCCAUGCUUGUGUUUGAAUAUCUUCACAUUGCAAAUGCCUGCCAUUAGCUGUCUUGUGUCUGUUUUCCUCCACAAGGCUUGAAGCAGAGCAGGGAAGUGGAACCUCUGGGUUUAUC